AUGAACGACAACUUGUUAACAACAUUUGUGCAAGAUCCUGUCUCUCCUUUGGUCUAUCACCUUCAUAAACAACAUGUGUAUGCCACAAAAACGAAGUUAACUAGGUCUGUGUCAUUUCCUCUACCUGACCCCUCAUCAAAGAGAGAAAGCUUUGGGGCUGCAGGGAACGCUUUUUCACCGGAAGGGAAAGGAAAAUUAUGUUUUGAAAGCAAAACACCAAAGUCAGGUCAAUUUGAAUCCUCAAAAAAGUUUUACCUAAGGUCCUUGUCUCAAUGUUUCAAUGUAAAUGAAGCAAUGAUUACAAGAGAUGUUACUAGUUCUUCACCUCAGGAUCAAAGUGUCACCGAAAUCAAACAUUUUAAGAAUCUGAAACAGAAAAUAAAGCAUGUUAUAGGAGAAAGUAGAAAAGAAAAGCUUCGAGUAGCUAUGGAUGCUAUUAUUGACAAACUUCCUCAAGGCCAUGGGAUAUCGAAUGAUUUGAAGAAAGAAGUUUUUAAGAAAAUGACAGAUUCUAAUGAUGGUAGAGAAGGUGAAAAUUGUCAUGGAAAAUAUAAUGAGAGUGAUCGUGUUACUAGUUCAUUUGCCAAGCAUCACUGGAACAUCAUUCGAAGAAAAUUGUCUCUUGAAGAACCACUAGACAAUUAUUUUCGCUCCCAUGAGAAGGGCUUUAAUUCAGAAAAAAUUCGCCUCCAAUCCAAGCAGCUAAAAUUAAGAACAGAAAAGGGACAUUCACCAUUGAAGAUGCUGGUACAAAGGAUGCUUUCAUUGCCUGAUCUCAAUGCCUUGUCCUAUCCUUAUCAAAAUAGCGACUUCCCUGAUAUUUCAUCUGUGACUGAGCCAAAGCCAAAAGUAGCUUCUGGGGAUGGAACAUUGAGUUCAGAGAACAUUUUCAAUCAGAAAAAGAGGCCUGGCAUUAAUUUACAUUCAAAAAUUCGGCUUCAAUCAGAGACACCUGUAGAAGAUUUGAUUCAGAAACACCCUGACAGUGUGGAUGAAAAUGAUCAAGAGAUUAGUAAUAUUUUUGAACAAGGAUCAGAGUGCAGCAGUGAGAUUAAUGGCAAGGCUGGUGUGGCAACUGAUGAUUUUGGACAUAGUUUUUUUAAAAGUGGUGACACCUCUGAUGACCAAGAAAUGAUUGAGCCGAUAAAAGAAAACAUGACUGCAAUAGAAGAAUCAGUGGAUUCAAAAUUGAUUACAGAACCUGGCAUUGAGCUAGAAAACAUUAUUGAGCAACAAGAGGCUACCAUGGAUUCACUCAAAGUGCAAGACACCAUAGAGAAUGCUCAAAAAGUGGAGAUUCAAAGCAGGAACUUGAACUAUGACAUUACUUUUUUUCAUAUCCCCAUCAAAGACAAAGCUGAGUUUAACUACGUGAAAUUUGUACUUGAGAUAUCUGGACUGACUGGUAAAGACUGCCUUUCUUCAUGGCAUUCAAGUGACCACCCAGUUGAUCCACUACUCUAUGAAGAAAUGGAGAAUGACCUUGAUUUCUGCACUUAUGGUGGCAGUGGCCAAUGCAAUCACCAUGUGUUGUUUGACCUAAUCAAUGAGACAUUGUUGGAACUUUCUGGGAGGUGUCACUGCUGCUGUUCCAUACCUUUCUCAUCUUCUCAUCCAAUGCCAAAAGGGUGUCACACUCUUCAUCAAGUGUGGAUUCAUAUGAACAAGUCCUUGUGCCUCAGAUCCAAAACUGGGCUAACCAUAGAUGACCAUGUAAGUCGUGAUCUAGAAAGGCGUGAUGGGUGGGUGAACCCUAAAUUGUAUGCACAGUGUGUCAGUUUGGAGCUUGAAGACUUUAUUUUGCAUGAUCUUCUGGAGGAAAUAUCAUGUGACUUAGCAUGCAUUUAA